AUGGCACCCAUCCACAGACUCGCUCAACUGACUCAUGCCCUCAGAGCGCCCGCCGCCAGUCUCUCACUUCUCACCACCACUACAGCCACCAAUGCAACAGCAGCACCCACCACCGCCCUUCUCGCCCGCAACCUAACCUCGGCUACCUCUGCCCCUUCCCCACUUCUCGAGAAAACUGCUAUUGUCACCAAUAGGGACAGGGCCUUCUACCCCUACUCAAUCGAUAUCCAAUCGCGCUGGGCCGAUAACGACCAAUACGGCCACAUGAACAACGCCCACUACUACGCCCUCUUCGACACCGUCAUCAACACCUUUCUCAUCCAAGAGACCGGCCUCGACCCGCACGACCAGAAUCAAGGGAACGCCAUUGGGGUCGUUGCCGAGUCUGGUUGCAAAUACUUCAACUCAGUCUCCUUCCCGGACAUGAUUGAGGCUCGACUUGCGGUUAUUAAACUGGGGAAGACCAGUGUUGUCUACCAAGUCGGGAUCUUCAAGAAGCUAGCCCCUUCUUCAACCGAUGCCGAAGAUGUUGUUACUAGCGCGGCUAGUGCAAGGACGAGGCGGUCAACGACAACCCCCUCUGCGGUCGGAGUCUUUUCCAGGGCUGCAACAGCGGUUUCAGGUCCUGUACUGACAACGGCUGAGGAGGUAAGGAAGGAGUUCCCCGCGAGUCAAUUGUUGGGCGAUGUGGCGGCGACGGGACAUUUCUGUCAUGUCUUUGUGGACAAGGUCAGUCGUCGCCCUAUCCCGAUCCCUGCCAAGAUCCGCGCCGGACUCGAGCUCCUCCAAGUCACCCCUUAG